CGGUAUCCGUGCCACCCGACGUCAUACUUAUACAUCGCGGCAGUAUCAGGAGUCCGUCAUAGAGAUUUUCCUCUCUCUCGUAGCCUUCUCCCCCUCCAAUGUCAACAUCGUGAAUGACUAUAAAUGAUGAAUGGUCUCUUCCAUCCCUCGCUAUCCGUCAAUAUCAUCUACUCAUCUCCAGAUUCCAGUCAUUCAUCUCCAUCAACUUCCCAACUCACGACGACCCGUACAACGCACCCUAAGCUAGAAAGAUAAUCCAUCCAUUCACCACAAUGACGCAAAACUCACAACCCUCGUCGCAGACCGUCUUGAUCACAGGUUCCAACGGCUACAUCGGGGCUCAGAUUGUCUCACACGCCUUGGAACGCGGCUACAACGUCCGUGCCGCAGCUCGCUCGGAAUCUUCGCUCGCUACGCUCCGCUCCAAACUCUCCGUUGAUGGGGCCACCUCCGAGCGUCUUUCCACCGCCAUCAUCCCGGACAUCACCAAGCCCGAGUCCUACGCCGACUCCCUCUCCGGCGUGACCGCCAUCAUCCACGCUGCGUCUCCUUUUAUCCUGCAGCCCAAAGACAACGUCAAGGACGUUCUCGAACCAGCCGUCAACGGCUCCCUCGCCAUCCUCGAGGCCGCCAAGCGCUACGCCCCAUCCGUCCACCGCGUCGUCAACGUCUCCUCCUUCGCCGCCAUCCUCGACCUCGGCAAGGGCUACCGCCCGGGAUACACUUACACCGAGAAGGACUGGAACCCGGAGACCUGGGACGAGGCGGCCAAAGACUCCAACGGCGCAUCCGUCUACUGCGCCUCCAAGAGCCUCGCCGAGCGGGCCAUGUGGGACUGGGUCGAGUCCAACAAGGGCACCAUCUCCUUCGACCUCGUCUCCAUUUGCCCGCCCUGGGUCUUCGGCCCGUCGGUCGGCCGCUUCGCGGAGUCGCGCCUGAGCGAGUCGCAGGCCAAGCUGAAGGAGCUGAUCGACGCGGAGUCGGUCUUCCCCAUCGACUUUGCCGCCUUCGUCGAUGUCCGUGACUUGGCCCGCGCGCUCCUCGCCGCCGUCGAGACCCCGGAGGCCGGAGGGCAGCGCUUCCUCACUGGUCAGCAUUUUGACUGGCAGUCGGCCGCCGACGCGAUCCGUGCCGCUCUCCCCGAGGUGAAGGACCGCAUCCCCAAGGGCACCCCUGGUGCGGGCCUCACGGAGGAUGUCUAUGCCGUGGAUGGGUCCAAGGCUGCCCGUGUCCUCGGGUUGGAGUAUACCCCGCUUGAGGUCACUCUUCCGGACGCGACCAAACAGAUUCUUUCGAUAGCGUCAUAGUUUCGGGUAUUGAUAAGAUAAAAAGAAGUCAUGUAGUUUUACAAACUUGGUGCAACUCUUGGUGUGUAUGCCACAUCAUAUGGGAUGCCCAUGGAUCGCGAAUUUCGCCAUUGCCAUCACUCGGUGGCUUGGCUCAGUGAGCGUUGAAGGUAAAUAAUGCUUAUUAGUAAUCACAAUAUCUGGGUUUCGGGCU